AUGGGGCAUUCAGUUAAAGGUUGUUGGGUCAGUAACCCUAAUAAUAAGUGGUCGGUUUGUGUGGUUCGUCCCGUUAUCACAGCGAUAGGGGCACCCGUCGUUGCGAGUGUGACUGCGGGCGGGGAGGCGGGUCGCACCGGACCGGAGCCCCAGGACGGCGCUAUGAAAGGCGUCGAGGCCACACCGGAGGAACAGGAACGGUUAGCCACCGGAAACAACAAUGGGUCCCUCGAUUGUAAAUUACCGCCGCAACAGGGUAGGCCGAGAACGGCUUUCCAUUCGACCAGAAUGUUCAUGCUGGUGUUCCUAUCGGGAUGGGUGUUGCAAGGUAUGUUCCUUACAUACUUCGUGAGCGUCACCACUACCGUUGAGAAGCUGUUUAAAGUGGAAUCGAAGACGACCGGGACGCUGUUGGCUGCUACGGAGAUCGGUCAGAUAUGUACCGCGCUGUUCCUGACAUACCUCGCGGGUCGCGGCCACAGACCCAGAUGGAUCGCCUGCAUGAUGCUGGUGCUGGCUGUGGGCGUGAUCGGCUGUGUGGUCCCUCACAUCAUGUACGGAACACGGCUGAUGGAUGUACAUUUAGAUUCACAUAGAGGUGGUUCGGCGCCGGUUUGCUCCGCCGACGGUAAUUCUUCGAUGGUGACAUGUGACGACGCUCACGCCAGGAGUACCGCCGCCCGAUCCUAUAUAACUUCGGUGGUGAUACCUUGGCUGUUCGUCUGCCUGCUGGUGGUCGGCGUUGGACAGACCGGCAUCGCUACACUCGGUAUACCAUAUGUAGACGAUAACGUCGGCAGUAAGCAAUCACCACUAUACAUGGGUAUUACGAUCGGUAUAAGAGUGAUCGGGCCGGCGUUGGGUUUCUUGUUGGGGGCUCUGUGUACCCGUGUGUACGUGGAUCCCCUCAUAGACCCCGGGUAUGAAUACAGCGACCCCAGAUGGGUCGGCGCCUGGUGGCUGGGUAUGGUGUUCAUAGCCGGUUUCAUAGUAAUACUUUCGACUCUAAUGUUUUUCUUCCCUCGUCAAAUAAAACAAGGACCUAUGCCAUUGACUUUGAAAAAGAGCAAAGAAAAAAGCGAACCCUUCUUCAAAGAUUUCUUCGUGACUAUAAAACGCCAACUGACAAACGACAUCCUCAUGUGGCGCACGGCGUCCUCUGUUCUACACUUGAUGCCCAUCAGCGGCAUAUACUCCUUCCUGCCCAAAUACUUGGAGAAGCAGUUCCGUUUACCAACACACGACGCCAACCUUGUCUCGGGUCUUGGUGGUAUCUUAGUGAUGGGUCUGGGCACCAUCACUUCAGGAGUUGUCAUCCUCAAACUAGUGCCAACAGCUAGACAAGUGGCCGCGUGGACGGCUGCUACCGCUGCUAUAUAUAGUGCUGGUAUGGUCGUUUUAAUGUUCGUGUCGUGUCCCGAGGAGACGUUCCGUUCAUUGGACGCCUACAACUUGUCUUGUAGUUCUGACUGCAACUGUUACGGAGCACCUUACUCGCCUGUAUGUGGACAGGAUUCGUUUACUUAUCAGACGCCGUGUCAAGCCGGUUGUGCAAACAGCCAACAACUAGACAAUAGUACGUGGUUGUACUAUAACUGUUCUUGCAUCAAUGGGACCAUGCUCGGAGAAAAAGCUGUUAACACGCUCGAGCGUUAUUCGGUAGCCGAUAGUUUCUCAUCGAGUUCGUUCGCUGUGUCCGGUGAGUGUGGGGGCGCGUGUAACCAGAUCUACGUGUUCAUAGCUAUCUUCGCGGCUAUAAUGUUCGUUCACGCCACGGGAGAAGUCGGCGCUGUGCUCAUUAUUAUACGCUGCACAGAUAAACAGGAUAAAGCGAUGGCCAUGGGUGUGAUCCAAUUCGCGAUCGGCGUGUUCGGUAACGUGCCGUGUCCGAUUAUCUUCGGCGCGGCUAUAGACGCCGCUUGCCGCCUUCGGGACGCGGCCUGCGGACUCAUAGGAGCCUGCGCGAGCUACGACAGUGAUAGAUUCAGACACUUCUUCCUAGGUCUCUCCGCCGGUUUGAUGUUCCUGGCCUUCAUAAUGGAUAUGUUGGUGUGGCUCCGCGCCAGCCGUAUCGACAUGAACCCCGCCGACCGCAGCUCAGACCGUUCGCCGGCCGGGGACACGUCGCUCUGA